AUGAAGGGUGCUCUUGCCAGCGUGCUCACCACUUCGGUGAUAGCAUCAGCCUACGCCCAAGGCACGACGGCUAUUGCGUCUCUGACUCCGGCCGCGACUACUGUUACGACCAGUGCCACGGCUGCCCCGUCUCUCUUCAGCAGUGAGACCGUCCAAUUGACCGACGAAUGUUUGGAUGAUGUGGCGGCCACUCUGAAGAAUGAGACGCUCUCAAACAUGUUUGUGUUUGCAGACAGCUCGUCGAACUCUAGUGUCUCCAAGCGAAGUGCUCGACACAGCUGCAAGCUCAUGCCGGGUGACUUCUGGUGGCCACUUGACCUGGUCUGGGACAUUUUCGAUCUCCUCCUCGGCGGACGGCUGAUCAAAGCAUCACCUCUCGCUGCCGUCUGUUAUCCUGACUGGCCUGAGUACGAUGCCGACAAGUGUACCGAUCUUGCGUCGCAAUGGACAUCGUCUGACCUACACAUGGGUGAUCCCACCUCCAUCAUGUUGCCCCUGUACGAGGGCCGUACCUGCAUGGCAUCUGGAUUCAACUACACCGAUACCUGCAAGAUGGGCGCCUACCCGUCUUACGUGGUCAAUGUCUCCAGCGUCGCUCAGAUCCAGUUGGCUGUGAACUUUGCCCGUAACCUUAACCUGCGUCUGGUGGUGAAGAACACUGGUCAUGACUUCAAUGGAAAGGCAUCUGGCAAGGGUGCUCUCUCCAUCUGGACCCACUGGCUCAAGGAUAAGGCGUUCUACUCCGAGUUCAAGGCCGACAAUGGCUACGUUGGUCCCGCCAUGAAAGUCGGCGCCGGUGUUCAGGUCUGGGAAGCGUAUGAGUUUGCCAAGGCUCACGAUGUCACCGUCAUUGGUGGUGAAGCUGUCACUGUUGGUCUGGGAGGUGGGUACACUGCUGGUGGUGGUCAUUCGCCUCUGAGCAGUCUUUACGGUCUGGGUGCGGACCAGGUCCUCGCUCUUGAAGUUGUUCUGGCUAACGGUCGCUACGUCACUGCCACCGCCAAGCAGAAUGCCGAUAUCUUCUACAUGCUUCGUGGAGGUGGUGGCAGCACCAUUGGCGUUGUCACGUCCUGGACCAUCAAGGCUUACCCCAAGCUGCCUACUACUACUGUUACAUUUAACUUUACCGUCAGUGACACCCCUGGACCGGAAUACUUCUGGUCCGCGGUUCAGUCUUACUUUGACCACUUUGAGACGUUCGUCGACGCUGGCACUUACGGCUACUACUAUGUCGGUGCUUCGGCCUUCAUGAUCGGAACAGACUACAAGGGUAGCACCGAUUACUACUUCCGUAUGGAGUCAUUCGUCGCUCCGAACAUGACUGUUGCUGAGACCAAGGAGCUGCUUGCUCCGUGGUUCAACAAGCUGAAUAGCUUGAACGUCACCUACAACCCGUGGUACAACCACGCCGACAACUUCCACGACGCCUGGGUGGUUGCCUUCCCCCAAGAAGCCGGCGGCACCGCAGUCGUGAAAACCGCUUCCCGUCUGAUGCCCCGAAAGGUCUUCCAAGACGACAGCCUCCGUAACCGCACCGCUCUCGCGCACAGAGACGCCGUUGAACAGGGUCUCUUCAUCGCCGGCUUCCACAUCACUGGCACCGGUAUUGCCGUCGACCCACCAACCGACACCUCGGUCCUGCCCGCCUGGCGCGACGCCCUCGCACACGUCAUCGUCGGCCAGGAAUGGAACUCUACAUCCAGCUGGGCCGUCGUCAAGGAGUCUACCAACUUCGUCACAAGCUGGAUGGACACACUCCGCGACAUCGCACCGGAUUCGGGCGCCUACAUGAGCGAGGCGGAUCUGCUGGAACCGAACCUGCAGGAGGCGUUUUACGGUUCGCAUUAUCCGCGGUUGUAUGCGUUGAAGCAGAAGUAUGAUCCUACGGGGUUGUUCUUUGCCUUGACGGCUGUCGGGGCUGAGGAUUGGGAGGUGAGGACAACGGACCCGUUGCCGUAUUCGUGGAAUAAUAAUGGGCGGUUGUGUCCUGUUUCUUCUUAG